GGUCGGGGUUGGCUCGUUUUCCAAUAUGGCACUUAAGAAAGAAGUCAAAAAUAGGGUACAAUUUGGCGGACGAGAUGGGAGAUCUUUAUGGUCCGUGUUGGUAUAAACUGAUUGUUUGUCCAUCAAUAUCUGCAGAUUAAAGACGUCGAUGAACAAUGAAUGAUUGUCCUUCAUUUAAAGAGAAAUUUAGGACAACAAAGUUUAUCUUGGAGGCAGGUAGAUGCUGACUUUAAUACCUUGAUAAUACCAAAAAUACUUCUUGGUAAGUUUUCCGCAUAACCCCAUACAUUUAUUAUAUAUGCAGCAAUUUCAUACUUAGUUUUUUUGACACAAGUAGUUUAAUAUGAAUAGAGUCGACACAUGUAUAUGGGGUUAUACGGAAAUCUUACCCGCUACCCCUGUCUGUGCACGAAUUUAGGUAAUUCUUUUUAGUAUUGUAGGGCGUUGCAAGUGUUAAUUUGCUGCAGAAAAAACUGGAAAAAUCUACGUGAAUGCAUGAGCAAAAUGACGAGUUUACGCAAGAAUAUGACGAAUGAAUAUGCCAAAUGUAGAAUGUAAAACGAGGAAAAAUAAAGAAUCUUUUUUGGUUUUUCACUGUAUUUAUUCUCACUUAAAUCUACGGUAAAUUGGCCAAAAUCCAAAGGAAUACUAAGAAAUGAGUUAACAUGUCCAGAUUGCAGUAUUCAUUGUUUGUGGCUGAAAAUGCACCCAGAAAUGACCACUCAAUUGCACCAUUUUUGUUGUUUGCUGUCAAAUAUACAACAUUUUCCUCCGUUAUAAACUCGUCAUUUUGCUCACACACUUACCUGUUUUCCUCAAUACAGUGAUGGUCUCCUAAAAGUAACAAAAGCCAUUGUUUCUUUCAAAUUUGCAAUGUUUUGGGGUAUACAUAGUGUAUUUUAAAAUAAAUAAAUGUUAAGUUAGGGCCAAUCAGCAGCAUCUGCACCACCUAACCCACCCAGUAACCCAUUUUCUGGAAUAGGCCAUUUGCACGAUGGUGUCAUUUUACCACUAUGACCAGAAUUCUUUCGUUUUUCUUUUAAUAUUUAAAUUUGGUAGCCCUAGUAAGGUUUAAAUGACAAAAGCACUAAUUUGAACAAGAAAGCAAAACCCUGAAGGAUCCUGGUCAUAGUCAUAAAGUGAUGCCAUCAUGCAAAAUUUAAUGGCCUAUUGCCCUGGCUUGACUUGGAGUCCCAUUUUCCCUGAAGUUGCUCAUACAUUUGAAAUUGGUCACAAGGUACUGUGUAAUAGCAUCAAACCAUUUCCCUCUGCCUGGUCACAUUUUGUCCCAUAGGCUGCUUAGAUGGGGAAAGUAAAAGCAAGAAUUGAGCUUUGCAUAAUUUGACCACAAUGUGUUACACUGAAAGCCUACUAAUGAUUUCUGGGCCAUAAAACACCGCCCUUUUUAAAAAGGCAUGUUUGUGAUAAGUGUUAAAUAAAUUUCAAAAUUUCUUCAGUUUAUUUUAAUAAUUCUUAUUUAGAAUGUUUGCUUUUGAGGUCACAGACUCAAGCUUCCCCCUGUGGCCUGUGCUUCUGCAUGUGUACUUUAUCAUCGCUUCUUAAAAUUGUGUCAGGAAGGUGACUACAAGUUGUAUGAUGGAACUGUAAGUGAUUAUUACCAUAAAUACCACUACUCAGCUGGAAGGAGACAUAAGGGUUUGCAGUAUUGUGAUAUAAAUUUGAGCUUUUUCUUCAAGCAGUACAUGUAUUUCGGUAAUUUAAAUUUAAACACUGUUUUACUUUCUUAACUCAAUUAUUACAACUCCAACAUGGCCGCUCCAUGUGAGGGCUACCUACUUAUCAUAAUGUACAUGUGACAUGUAACAUGUGACCUAUACUGUGACAAAGGCACGGUAUUGCAGUAUCAUCUUGCCCUCUAGUAUGCAGUAUUUUGGCUGAUUGUAUUCUGUAAAAGAAGAUCCUUCAUGGUUUCGUGGUACCAUUCAUUUGCACUCUCCUGUCUUAUACAGGUCAAUAGAAUAAUUUUAUGCAAUGCAAAACACAGUAAGCCAUACACACCGGUUAAUAAAAGUUAAUAAUCUUACUGUCUAAUAGUAAAUGAUUCCGAAUUUUCAACUAUUUCUGAAAGUUAAUCUACAAUGGGAUUGUUGUUGCAUCCAUGACUGGGCUUUUUAAUCUGUGUGUUGAUAAAUUUGAGGUCUUCUCACAUUUCCUUGCGAUGACUGAGGUUCAUUCUGGUGCAUACAUGCUUGAGAUAAAGAAAAAUGCUUGAUGGAUACAACUUAGUGCCAGUCAACAAGGUAAGUAGAAACAACAGAACACGAUCUGAACAAAAUGGCGGAAAAGUAACAACAACAACAACGUCCACAGAGCAAAGGAGUCUGGGUAAAGACAGAGUUCGCUUGCCUAGCUGCGCACGGCUCACUAGUCAAUACAAUAAAGUAACACAACUAAUAAUGCCUAAUGGCGCAACUGUCUCUUUUCCUGUCUCUUUUCUUCGUCUGUCGUAAUGACAGGGUCUUGAGGGGUAGACUAAUACAAUACAAAAUCCUCUAGGUAUUGCAGAGUGUGGCAAUUGCGUGUGUGUCAUUUAGGUACGACAUCCUGGUCUGGCUGGUUGCAGGGAGACGGUAAGGAUGUAAGUUUAGUAUCUGUAUCGGGAUGAGAAGGAGGAGUAGAGAGAGCAGCAGGCACCGGUGGCAGGGUGGGUAGAGGUAACGCAUCUUCUGUGGUCCGGUACAGUUGAGGUGUGGGUGUGGGAGGAGCUGUAAUUAUCUGUGGUGGUGAGGCUGGAGGCAAGGAGGUAUGAUCCUCAUCAUGGGUGUCGAAGCGUGCACUACUCAUGUGAUGUGGCAGGGAAGGUGAAGCAUCCAUAGGUACUUUGUAGCACUCAGCCUUCUUGAUACAAUAGGUGGUACUCCUCAACUGUGAACCAACGAACUUUCUAACCUGGCACUAAGCACCAUCCAUGGACGUAACUAGGUAGCGAUCUCUCCUACGAGAUUUUUUUAGGUCACAAUAGAGAUACACCAAGUCGCCAAUGGUGACUGAGGGGCUACUGGCCACUUGGGCCACUAGGGGGGCUUUGGACUUCUCACUGCUGGGAUGGUUGGCUUUAUGGAGGCUCUGAGCUCGGAGAGAUCAGGUCAUAGUCACCUCCGGUAGUGGAAUCUGGAUAUUUGAGAACUGAUCGUGCUGUGUCCACAUUUCGCGAGCUGACAAUCCCCGAGAGCGAGUUCAGGGUUGCAGUUGCGAAAGAGAGUACAACAGGAGAGACUGGUCCACCAUGGGGAUGCUGUCGAAGGAGUUCAAGUUCAAGUUCUUGGACCGCUCUUUCCGCAACAGGGUUCCUGUUUCAAUUCUUGACUCUGCCGAUCUCAAGAACAAUUCUGUGGUCGUGAAGGACUGGGUCGUUGUUGAGAGCCAUGAAACAAGGGGCGGUUUCAGUUCGUAUAACAGCAAGGGGACUGUCUAAUGGUUGCAUGUUAAUACACAGGCUGAUAAGGGAAUCGCGUAGCGUGUCCGGCGCUUGUUAAGAAGGAGCGUCGAUACUGUGUAGGAAGUGACACAUUCACGCAAGACAAGAAUAAACUGUUUGGCUCGUUUGAUGACAUCAGCAGCAAAGGAGAUACCCACAGUGUCAGGUGGUGAAUUAGUAGACUGCUUUACCACAGUAGUGGGAACUGUGUGGAGUGAAGCACAAUGAUGGCAGCUAGUAGUGACGCGAUCAACGGCUUUGUCCAUAACGAGGGCAGAGAGAUAUCGCUGGGUGACCAUCUUCAUUUGGUGGCUGGAAGGGUGGCUGAGGUGGACGUGUAAAGCAGACAAGAGACCGUUGAGGACCAGGUGAGGGAAGAUAAUACACUCUCAGGUAGGCACUAGUGGUUCAUUAUGUUUAACAACGAGUAAGCCAUUGGAAGCGAUUGUGGCGACAUGAAGGUAGCGUUUUACAUCUUUAAUGUCUGUCAACUUCUUGGAAGGGCAUGGCCUUGAGUAAGAUGGGCAUGAGUGCGCCGUAGGUCUGGACACUCUGCCUGGAGGGCAAGCCAAGCAGCUCUGGUAGUGAAAGGAAGUUUAGCAGUUCCUGACAGUAUGCUUUGGACAGAUGUGCAGAGAACCACGGAAUCCUCAGUGCGUUGAAUGAAGCUACAAACCUGGCAAGUUGGGUUGUCACACUUGGGAGCAUUGCGACUUGCAAAGUCAGAAGGUAACAUUGCAGCUCCAGCAACAUGAUGAACAGAGGCUUGGUAUCUACUGACUGUGGAGAGGAAAGUAGCAACACGAGGGCUGGAGGAAAACUCGCCGGGACAUAGCUUUUCAAAGGACUGUACACAAGGUUUGCUGUCAGUGAGGAUACAAGCUGGUGUUUUCAACUGAAUGAUGUAAGGGCUGAAGUGUUUUGCAGCUGCGAUGGAUAAGGCCUCUAUCUCGCAAGGCAGAACACAUGAGUUCCUCCAAGGCAGUUUCUGAGCCAGGCAUGCCCAUCGCUGAACGGGCAUACAUCCGGACCCCACGAAAUGGAGUGCAAGAGGGAUUUGAUAAAAGGCACUCAUGAGAUCAGUCGUAAUGAUAUGCUUCCACUCAGUGAUUUGGCGAAGGGUGGAAUCAAUGUCGGGCAUGAGCGACGGUCGAGGCUUGCUGUAUCUUCCAACGUCCACAAAGGCAGUGACCAGGCACUAACCACUGUUACCCUUUUUGACCAGGAAUGAUGGUUUUAGAUACUCCACAGCAACGUUAAAGUCUUCUGGUCGUUGGAAGAUGCCUAGUUUCUCUAACUCGUCAAACUUGUUUUGGAGGUCCACAAGUUUGCUCCGCGCAUACUGAGGCAAACGGCCUUUUCGUUGUGGUGGUUCAACUGGACCCAUGUUCACUCUAGCCUCAAAAGGGCCAAUGGCACCAUUAUAACCUUGGAUUGUGUGAUCGAAAACAGAAUCAAAGUCACUUGGAAGGGAGUGAAAUGACGACUGCAUAUUGGGCUGCAAGAGAUUGUCUGGGUCAUUGUGAACAGCUGAUGAGAAGCUGGUACCAGAUACAGAAGGCAACAGGUUGAUUGACUGCUUAGAGAGGUCUGCGGUGUGUUGAGGCUGUUCAUGAGUACUAAGGGUGAAGAUGAGGGUAACCUGACAAAAGUGCUGGUCUCGUUUAAGCUGAAUGGGUUCGCCUGACAAGUUUGGGAUUCGUAUUCUUCCUGCCACGCUAGAAAUAAUGCCAGGAGGGGGCCACAGCUCUGAAUUGGUUGCUAGGUGGACCAGAGAAAUGUUGGAGCAGGGCUCCAAAGCAUGGAGCGAGUCUGGAGGGAGAUCUUGUGGAAGUUCUAGUUCGAUAUACAGGGUGUCCCAAAAGUUCGUUCUUCUAAUUUCAUGGGCUAUAACUUUUGAUCGAAAGUUCAUUUUUACAUGAAGUUUCUAAAAUAUUUUUCUUACUCCAUUGAGUACUUGUGUUCAGAAGUUCAGUUACUGGCAUCCCCACUUUGUUUUUUUAUCUCACUCUGUAGCCGUUGCGGCAUUAAGUGAGAUAAGCCAUGUAGCAUGUAGAGCCCUAGAUAAUUCAUUUUGAGCUUUUUUAUCACCUAGUAUGCAGGAGUCACCUCUUACCCCAAACAAUAUAAUUUUUUAGAUAAGGCAGCGGAAACAAUAUAUUUUGGGCAUUGAUCCACGAAAAGAUGAUCAUUCUGUCCCCUUUCCACAGUAAUUCUUUUAUUCUCUUUACAAAUUUGAGACUAGCUGAACGUUGCUUGGCGGACGGCCCUGGCCUGGAGUAAAGUUUUCUUUUUUUUGCCAUCUCAGGGGUCUCUCAACUUUGCUUUUCAUGAACCUGCUCCAGACUUAACUUACUAACUGUUGUAAGAGCUACCUCGUUGGGUUUCCUGUUUUGUACAUGGCCUUUUUUAAAACUAUUUUAGCGGUUUUAGUCAGGACUUUCGGUCUUACCCCUCGUUUCUUGUCUGUAAAACCUUCAUUUCUCGAUGACCAUCUUACCACCCAACAUUCGGAUUUUGCCAUUUUUUUAAGGAAUUUGUUUAACUGAUAAGCCAGUAGAUAGAAAAACAUGCUUCUGCUUGCACUUAGCUGAGUGCUUUUUUGUUGAGAGGGUUUAAUCUUUCAGGAUAUUCACAUGGAAAACAAAUUAGGAGUUCAAGCAUUUGGGGCUACAAAAUGCAAAAAAUAUAUGGCGGGAAAAUAUACUAGGGCAGUGCACCUUUGGCGCGAAAUUACACAAAGAGAAUUUUGAGUCAAAAGAUGGCACAAGAAGUUUGAAAUAUUAAAUCAGAUUGAAAGUCACAAAUUUGGUUUAAAUUAUGUGCUGAUCAAGUCCAAUCGUACUGCGUUACAGACUUAUAAAGUAGAGGAACGAACUUUUGGGACACCCUGUAAUCUCCAUGCCAUAAUGUGGUUGAAGUUGUGGGAGCGCGUAGGACCACACAGCGCGACAUGCAACUUGCUGUGUAGAACGAUCAUCAGAAGAGCCAUAUGUGAAGGAGGAGCCAUCUGGGAGGGUAAUCAGGCACUUGGCAGGAUGAACAGUGAUAUCAUUGGCUUCCAUAAAGGGGGUACCAGCAAGGACCUCUACAUCCAAGUUUUCCACGACCAUUCUUUCAUACUGGAACAUAUGUUGUCCACGAGUUAAGGAAAGCUUGAUGACCUUUAGUUGGGAUGAUCCGUCAGCCUAAUGGGCGGACUGGGCACUCUUACGACCUCAACUUUCAGCUUUUGAACAGUGGACAAGCGAAUCAUGUUACUAGUGGCCCUAAUGUCGAUGGUAAUACGGACAGGGCUGUGACGAUAAAAUGUGUCCAGGUAGGGAGAAUGGCGUACCUGGAUUCUCAAUGCACUGUGGGUAGGUUGGUUUCCAGUAGGCGCAGGUUGGUAGUCUUGUGGUUCUUCCUCAGGAUCCGAUUCAUCCCAAUCGAGAAUGCCCACGAUCUGCCUAGCUUUUGCGAUGAAUUUUCAGUCGUUGUCAGGGAGAUAAGUGCACUCGCCUAGGUAGUGGUGGAAGUCUCCCCGUGCUGCCUCUUGGCAGACGGGACAGGAUGUAGGGUGUGUUCGGGAGCGAGUGGUGGGCUUGGCAGCUUGUGCGGGCCUGCGAUAGAAGGAGGCAGUGGUGCGCAUUACCUUAGCAUCUUCAGUGGCACGGAUUUCAUCCAGCAAAGAUUGGAGAGCUUGUGAGAUCUCAGGCUUGAUUGAGGCAAGUGUGGGAGAGCGGAGUUCAGUUCUGUAAUGUUGUCUCACUAGUUUUGGUCAGGAUGCACGAGUCGUAACCAAGUGAAUACAAUAAAAUUCUCUGAAGUGGGGGUCAAUUCUUCAUCUUCAGUGAGGAGCGCUCCAUGGUGUUGUAUGCUGUUGCUGUGAAAGAGGUUAUCCUCUGUAAAAGCCAUAAGUCUUUGGUAAAGAUCCUCAGGUCGUUUGCCAUGCUUGAGGUGGAUUUCUGAAAGAUCUUGGAAAUGCGCUCUGGUGGCUUCGAAGCCGAAAUGCAGGCAUAUGGCGGACCAAAUGGAGCCCAUAGAUGUUGAGUUCUUGACAAUGGUGUUUCUGGAGAAAACUGAAAAGUAAUUGGCUAUUAGGCCAAGCAUUAACUCAAGCAUGCUCACUUCUUGUUGAGCAGUACGGUGGCUUCCUUCAGGUAGAGCUGUCAUCGGUGAAGCCUCGAAGUGGGCUGUUUUUGGUCUUCUUUAACCACGUAGCUCCGUCUGAGAGAAAAUGAGCAGACUGAACGUCUAAGGAAAGGGUAUACACAAGGUUUUGACGCCACUUCUCAAAGGAAGUUACGGUCUCCGUCUUGGUAAGGCGCCAUUGUUUUGGUGCACGCCGACUGGCUGCCAUUAGGUCGGUCUGUCCAGCAGACGCUAUUGCUGACUGUUGGGUUCCGUUUGAUGUUUGUUGACAAGUUUGUAGCGGGGCAAACUGCUUCACUGAUGAGGUGUGGAGUUCGUUUUAACCGCUGCGACCACGCCAGUCAACAAGGUAAGUAGAAACAACAGAACAUGAUCCGAACAAAAUGGCAGAAAAGUAACAACAAGAACAACGUCCACAGAGCAAAGGAGUCUGUGUAAAGACAGAGUUCGCUUGCCUAGGUGCGUGUGGCUCACUAGUCAAUACAAUAAAGUAACACAACUAAUAAUGCCUAAUGGUGUAGAGUAAGCGUGAUUGAUCAUAAAUGCGGUAUCAGUAUUUUGUCGAUUUUUAAGAUGGUAUUUUUGGUAUUUGGUAAUUUUUCUUAUGAUAUUGCAGUAUUGUAUAUCCCCCAAUCUCCCCCUCCAGCUGCUUACAGAAGUAAAUAGUAUUCUCAAGGUGUCUAGCCUUUGUAUUCAUUAACUUGGCUUUAGUUUUUGUGAUCCUCUUUUGUCAAUAUUUUGACAUCUUCCAUUCUGAUAAUUUUUUCAUUUUUAUUAGAAGGCUUACAAUGUUCAUGAAAAGCUGAGGUGGAGCUUGUCUUGUGUUCUCAUUAUGCACCCCUAUCUAGUUGUCUUCCAGUAUCCCCAAUGCAAUGGUUUUUACAAGUAAUGCUACUGAUGUGGAACACCAUACCACUUUUCUUAUCCAGAUGGAUGUGGUCUUUGAUUUUAGUGAGCUGCAGGACUUGUGAUGUAAAGCAAUGCCAUGUGAGCUAAAAGUGCUGUAGAGUCUUUUUGGCAGUUGAUGUACAUGUGGUAGCCCACAUGUAUCUUCUUAUCGUACACUCCAGUAAUAUGGACAUCUGCCAAAUCCCUGCCAAAUAUAAAUCACAGACAUUUGACUGAAAGAUAACUCUCACUAUUGUGGACUCUUGUUAUUAAUGUUAACUCACGGUCCUGAGGGUGUCUGCAAUGUGAAUUACUGUUGGUACUUGUAAGUUUCAAGGCGCUUACAUUCUUAAUUUUUUUAUGCGUGCUCUUUUGAUUCGUUUAGCUUGUUGGAACGACUGCUUUGUAUCUUGCAUCAAAAACAGAAGAAUUUCCUUGUAAACUUCGAGAUGUCAUAAAUGUUUCCUACAGGUAACAAAAUUGUUGUCUUUAUCUUUUUACUUUACUUUGAAGGGUAUUUCAGUCCAUGUCUAGUACUUGAGAUAUUAAAUUUUACCCAAUUACCCAAGGGGUUUGAUAGAUUCCUCGAUAAGUACCUGGUACAUUGUAAGGGUCUCACCAUCAUCAAGGAGAGUAGAUAUCAUCUGCCUAUACCAUCUAGAAGCAGAUGUGAACUUUUCUAUGUACAGUGUAUAAUGGCCUGGUCUGAGAUGGCAUCAACAGGACAUAACCUCCAGAAGCAACUUUUUCCAGUAACUCUUCUAGGGUGUCAUGUUUUAUAUCAAUACAUAAUACCCUCCUGAAUUGAAUAGUAAGAUUUAUCACAGCAUUGGUUAUCAACAGGUUAACCUCUGUAUCUAGAUGUGAAUACCAUGUGGCACAAGGUUCUGUUGGGGAGGGAGGGGGGUAAUUUUGUACAUCAAUUGUUUGUUGUAUUUUGUUGGAUCUGGUUUUUGUUAUUGUGGAAGACUGUUUUUUCUUGCAGGCCAUUUAUUUUUGGGAUUUUCAGAAAGUUGCAUUCAACUGGAAUAACUUCACUUUGCCUUUUGAUUUAACUACAUGUAUUUUAAAUACAAGUGAAAGAACAUUCUAAGAUGUAAACAACAUUAAUUAGUGUCAUAUUCUAUCACAUCCAGCAGUUGAUCAGCAAUAAUAACUGUCAGUGUCACUUGUUGGACCAUGAUCACCAGCAUGUUCUUUUUCACACCAGUGUGCUACAUCUACUUCAGUGGAGUGAAUUUUAGGGGAGAACAUUUUUGUGAGAAUUUCUUCGCAGAUUGUGAAGAAAAAAUGCAGAAGGUGCAGAAAUUAUAUGCCACACAAAUUUUUUGCUCCAUGGUAUUUGCAUCUAGUACUGACAACAAUUUUGAAAAGGUAUACAGUAGCAGGGAGAUUGUAUGUAGAGGCAGCAAACCCUAGAAAAUUAUUAUUGCAACUUUGGAAUGACCAAAAGACAACAGGCUUGAAAAAUGACAAGGUAGAUCUAGAGGACAUGAUUAACUAGUUUAAUUAGGGGUAUAUGUGCAGAUGGAAGCUGUUGAAAGAAUUUUUUUUUGUUUUAUGUAAUUUUUUAGUAACUUAACGCCCUUGUAAAGUGCUCUUAACAAACUAGUCUUGAAAUGAUGAAUAUAUAAAUUUCAUAUCAUUUGAACUGCAGGAUGAAUAAAUAAAUGCAAAGAAGAUCAACAGACACAAAUUAUGCGGUUCCAAAAAGAAAGCCUGAAAAAGUGCAGGCUUGCUGGGAUUUGCAUCCUGACCUAUGUGAUACACGUGCAGCACUCAAAACAAUUGGGCUAGCAAGCCAACUGGAAGCUGGUCAUUAAAUUAGUUUGUAAUAUAUCCAGAAAAUAUGAAAUUAUGAAUGAUGUGAAGUUCAUGUAUUUGAAGAUCCGCAGAAUGAAGAAAUAAAUGCAAUGAAGAUCAUAGCGGUUGAAGACCCAACUUAUGCAGUAACAAACUAAGAACUCCAUAGAACUAUUUUAUUCAACUACUUAUCUUUUUAGGGUGUUGCAUAGGGAUAAAGCACCGUUGGAAGUCGGGUCUUUGUACUGGGAAUUACGUGACAGUGUCGUUAACUGUGAGCUGAUGAUGUUAAGAAUUCUUCAAUUUCAUGUGGCAUUCAACAAUCCACAUAAGGUACCAAAGUUUAAUCCUCCUCCACAAGCUUGUUGUCUUGUUUUUAAUUUUCUUAGCCUGCGUGGCAGGCGUUCGAAAGGGAAGGGGAAGGGAAUUAGGGCGCGAGACCACGCGCGAGGGAGGAGGGAGGGAGGGGAACUUCCUCGCGCGCCCCUCGCGUUUCUCUCGCGCCUAAAACUUCCCUUUCCCAAAACUGCCUUUCCCUUCCCUUUUAAACGCCUGCCACGCAGGCUAUAAUUUUCUUUGAAUCGAUGUUUGAACAAACAGUAUGGGAAAUCAUCCUUACUCUCGUCUUCAUUGUGGAUAAAUUUCUCUUGAAGAUUUUGAGAUCAGUUGUUUGUUUGCUCAUAAAGUACUAUUAACUUGUGUGGUAUAGACUCUAUGAUUUUAUCGCUUCAACAAAUAAACCCUUCUUUCAAUAAUAAAUUAUUCAUGUUGAUUGCUCUUUCCAUGCCCUCUGUUACUUAAAGUUAACACUGGAAAGCUAUUAAUCUUUUAACAGUUAUUCAUGACAAUUGUUUUUGUGUUUGUAGUAUCUUCUCCAUUAUCUUAAGUCCCUUGAUGAUUGGCUUGGAGAUGAAUCAUCAAAUUCUAUCAGCCAGUUGAGCUGGAGUUUUCUGCAAGACAGUUUCCACACUACGCUACCACUCCAGUUUAAGCCAUCUCUGAUUGCAGUCUCCAUGAUCUAUUUUUCUCUGAAGUGUCUUGGUAUAAUUGUUCCAUCUCAGGGAGCUCAACAUGCUUGGUGGAAGGUCAGUAUAAAAAAGAAAUAUACUCAACAAGGACCCACCUUGACUAGACAGGUGGCUUUAUGGGACACCAUUCAUCAGAUAAGCCUGAAGGACACAUAUGUUUGGUCUGACAUCCAAGACAGAAUAUGAGUGUGAAAUCUUCUAAUAAUCUGAUAAGCUUUAAGGACACAUCUGUUUGGUCUGACAUACAAGACAAAAAUAUGAGCAGCGUGAAAUCUUCAUAACUAUUACAUUUGAUUUUUUUGCGUAAAAAACGCAGAUCUGCGUCCUCCUGAUGUAGAAGAAGACGCGGACUCUCACGCGAUUAAGACAGCUUUAUUUACAGACAUUAUUCACACAAACCGAAGUAAAUUUACCACACGAAUAAAGAGAACUGUAACCAGAGCCUCGGCGCGUGCCGUGACUGAACCAUGAUCUAGUACAGUACAUAACUUUAAAAAUCCACUUUUAUUUAGUUAGACAUUCAGUUUUAUUCGUCUUAGCCAAGACGUCUUAAUGAUUAAAAUUUUGACAGCACCCACAUGUAAGAUCAUGUAAAGUCACUGGUAUUCUUGUUUUUGCAGGCAAUGUGCCCAGACAGUACGGAGCAAGAAAUCCAAGCAAUAAUUAGUAACAUGAUGGAAUUCUAUUCUCAAGAAAAUGUCGUUGCGGAAUAAGCGAUUGAAAUUAAAGACAGAGAUUGUGUGUUCUCUGUAUUCGCUGUAAAUCAGUGCCAGGGUAGAAAACAGAAAUAUCUUCUCCAAGCCAUUUGUUUUCAUUUGGCUUGACAACUUACUCAAAAGGCCUCCUGCUACAGCCCGGACGCACCAACCAUGUAAGAAGUAUAUAUUAGCCUAUGAGCAAGCUGUGGGCUUUUCACCGCCCAAAUCUUGCAAUACGAGUAGAAACCAACAGAAAAUAUGCAGAUGUUGUAGCUUUUUUCUUCAAGGCUUACCGUAACAGUACAUUUAAUAAGUGUUUAGGAUUGGAUGAUGAUGUUUUUGCCCGUUUUUAGCCGUUUCUCCUCGCUCUUCGCCGCCAGGGACGUUUCGCGCGGAGGACGCGCGAAACGUCCCUGGCGGCGAAGAGGGAGGAGAAACGGAUGUUUUCGCAGACAACUCCUAUAUGUGUAGUUUUCUUACGGCUUCGUCAAGCGUUCCUUCAUGACGAAGGCGAGCCUGAAACGCGCAACUGUGGAAGCAAGCAUACAUUUAACUGAAGUAGUAUAGAAGGGAUGAAAUAAUCCUUUUUUGAGGUUAAUUCUUAGAAUUGCGGGUUGAGGUAGGAACGUCGACUGUCUUGUUUUUUUUUAAUUCACCUUUUCAAUACUGCAUCCAAGGUAAAUGCUAUCGCCUGAUGGUUGUUUGGAACGAAGCAGCCGACAGAACAGCACCAACCGAUCUACUAUGGGAUUACAUCUGCGACUGGGGAUUGCGGUGUUUCUUGGGUGUGCAGGUCGCGUAACACCAGUUUCAUGAUAACCCUAUGCCGUGUGUUCAUUAUCACGGUAGGCUUUAUCUGCAAGUAUUUUAUUCCCUUUCGAUGAGGCUUGGUCCGAAGGAGACACCAUAGUCAAAGCUUACGUCAGGUUAUGAGGUUGAGGAAAAUAAAAAAAAGGUUUCAAGGGAAUUGAUACUAGUUUUAGCUAGCACGCUUGUUUCGAACCUUUGCCUGGUGGGUACUAGACUACUCCCUUCCAGACAUUGUGCCGAACCAACUUUCAGGGUCUGCUAAUAACUGAGAAAGUUCUAUCUUUGCUUCGACAUUUACAAAUGGUUAGCCGUUGUUGUUUUCUCGGGUUAAGGAUGAAAAACCGUCGGCGCCACCUUUGCUGAACGAUCUGUCAUGAGUUGAGGGAGGAAACUUUGCACGGGACGUAUGAUUCCCGCCCGCGUGCGAGAAAGGAAAUAGGAGACGUCUGAACGAAGGCUAUAAACAAACUUAAAAGGAAAAAACACCCAUGUUUUCUCAACUUUAUUUUUUAAAUUGUUAUUUACAACUAUGUACCAGACACCACAAAAGGGC